CAAUUGGGUAGAACGAUCGUUUCGGUCGCCUCGGCUCGUUCAUUCCUUCGCUCGCAAUCAUCCGACACGGGUGCGCAGUCAAUUCUGAAGACCCACAGUGGCUAGCACGGUAGCAAAGCGCAGUAUUGAAUCGUUUCGUUGCGUGUCUCCCAACCAAGCCAAGUGCAUACUCGAGUGUAUUUUUACGUUUACAAGGUGUUGUGCAUUCGCUGUGCAGUAGAGAUCUCUUCCGCCAGAAGCCAGACAAACGACAAUCAGAAAACUCUCACCCAUUCUGCGUUUAGUUUUUGUGAAACCGCGUGCAAACAUGUCGUCGAAAGUGCAGGAAAAUGGCAGUGCCACCACCAACACCUCCGCACCAACCAACACGGAUGCCGUGACACCGAACAACAGUGCCCUGCUGCCGCACCUCGAGUCACUCGACCGGAUGCUGAAGCUACCGGUAGUGGAUGCGACCUGGCAGCAAACCCAGAACGUGUACGGCCGCGUGAAAGACUACAAUCCACUGCUGACCUGGGCGCUCGGAACGGCUGAAGAUGUCGUCUGCCGGGCUGUUACCAUCUCGGCACCGCUCGUCCAAAAGCUCGACCGGCCACUGCAGCUGGUGGACCAAACGUUGGUCAAGGGUAUCGACAAGCUGGAGGUGAAUGCACCGAUCAUCAAGGAGCAGCCGGCAGAAAUUUACCAGCAGGCCCGCACCAAGGUUAUUGAGACGGUAAAACCACACAUCGAGAAGGUAUGCGAGCUGCGGUCCGCUUCUCAACAGCGUGCCGCCUCGCUGAAGGAUCUAUCCUGGCGCAAAGCGAACGAGGUGCUGGCAACCCAGUACGGUAGCCUGGCGGUGAACGGUGUCGACACGACGGCUCAGCUAGCCGAGCGUCUGCUCGAUUACUACUUCCCAAAGUCGGACACGGACGGUGAUGAUGAUAAUGUGCCCAUCUCCGCGAAGGACGAUCCAGUGCUGCACACGGUACAAACGGUUGGCCGCCUAUCAAACAAGGUUGCCCGCCGCGUCUACCGUACCGUGUCCACGCAGGUGAAAUCCCUUCGAAAGGAAGACGUACGCGACUAUGUUGCGACGCUUAUUGCCGUGCUGCGCCUUACUCAGUACCUGAACUUCAUCAACGAGAAGCGGCAACCGGUGGAGGGCAGCACGAAGGAUACGGUACCCAGCACGCCCAGCACCGCCUCCAACACCGCCAGCACGUCCGAUGUGGUCGCCACCACGAACAGCAGUAAAACUUUGCAACAAAAGCAAGACUAGACAGACACUCGGUGAUUCAUAGGGGGCGGCAAAGAAGGGAAGGGGGACGGGUCGGGGAGAGGGGGCAAGAGUGGGCAAAGGGAUUUAGGAUAUUCGACAACCGUCUCCACGCAAUCCGUGUCCACAGUCGCGCGCGCACACAUACACCUUUUGGGUAGUAAAGCACAUGAUGUCAUAUACGUUGUCGUUGAAACGUAGUCACACCCAUCCUGCAAAUAGCUAUAUGUAGAAAAGGUCCUUAGAGCGAAACCACCGCAUCAUCAUCAUAUAUCUACAUUCGUGCAAUUACUUUUGCAAAAAAUGCAUGCAAAAAAGCAAACGAUUAUGUAUUAAAGGUUGACGUUCAAUGUUUUGCAGAUGAGGAAGGAUAACCGGCAGGGGUCCGGUCUUAUCAACCGUGGUGACCGAACGAUCAGUCAGGGCCAGCACGAGUACGAAUGCUAGAGAUGCGAUGUGUCAAGAUGUGUGUGAUUGAUUUAUAUACGUAAGGUACGCAUCCCGACCGGAAGCGUGAUAAGUGUUAACAAAACAGCACGGAAUGCACUCGGACAUAAAGGAAGGUUUCUCGUCUUCCUGUCUCUCUAACGUCCCGAAGUCUCCGGCUUAUGUCUGCGCGUGUGCACGUCGGUGCACCUACCGUGUGUGCGAGUGGCGCGAAAUUCGACCCAUUCGCAAGCUUUCAACUUUAUACAAAUAAUUCGACAAUAAGCUUUAUCUUGCGCACAUCGCUACCGUGUGUGUUUGGUCGUCUUUGUAGGUUUAUUUUUGUUUAUAUAUGUAUUUGUAUGCAUAUGCAUGUAUGCUGUGUUUUUUUUUGUUUCUAUCCUUUAUUUUUUGUUUAUCAGAAUAAACAAAACAGUGUU